AAAGGUAAUUGAAACCAACCCUAAGCUCCUUUUAUCUCCGCUCUAAAGGUAGCCUCGAUUAUUGCUGACUUAAGCAUUGGAGUGUCUACCCCGAGGAUCCACCUCGGGGCUUUGCAAGUCAAUCCGGAGUGCAGACAUGGACUGAAGAAGAACUUCUGGUUUGAUGCAGUUACAUUUUGGCGCCGUCUGUGGGAAUCUGAACUAAAGGCUCCCUUGUUGCUCUUAUCAUGGUUAAAACUAGGUCAGCCCGAGGUGGAAACUCGUCUCAACCUCUUGGACGAGGUCAGGUCCCCAGCAACCUUCCACCUCAUCCCCCACCCCCAAUCCCGAAUACAUUCCCUCAUGUUGACCAUACAGAAGGAGGGGAUGAAAAUCAGCCACACAAUUCGGCUCACAACUCAGCCUCUACUGCUAACCAAGACGUAGUUGCAACUCAGCUCGCUGCCAUGCAACAACAGUUUGGUGUCUUUCAGCUAGUGCUGGCUCAGCUGUUAGCCCGGAACAAUCCUGGUGAUCCACUCAUCAACCUACUUAAUCCUGCUCCACAACCCCCAGCUCCACCACAAAAUCCUGAACCAGUUCAGCAUGCUCCUGCUAUUAGUGAAUCUCAGGGCCAAUCUCACAUCGCACCAGUUCAGCAACCUUUUCAUGAUGAUGUCACUCGACGUCUAGAUAGCUUAGAAAAGCUAGUGGCUGAACAUCGAGGUGGCCCACCUCCACACCCUGCUGCUGACUCCGACCCCGAUGAUCAUCUACAUGCUUUCUACUCUUGCAUGCAAGCCCAAAACGCCUCUGAUGCGUUGAUGUGCAAAAUCUUUCCCUCUGCCCUCCGAGGUAAUGCUCGAACCUGGUACUACAGUCUGCCUCCGAGGUCAAUCAGCUCUUACACAGACAUGACAUCUACUUUUGCCACAAAGUUUUCCAGUAGAAGGUUGAUCAGGAAAACCACUUCCGAGCUGAUGCGAGUUAAGCAAAGGGAUGGAGAGUCUUUGAAGAAUUUUAUGAGCAGAUUCAAUGAUGCAGUGCUGAAGGUUAACUCUUUCGACCAAGCUGUGGGAAUUACAGCUGUGAUCUCCGGUCUUGGCCAUGAGAGAUUCAGAGAUAGUCUACUCAAACAUCCUGCCACCACCUUCAGCGAGGUAAAUGAUAGAUCAUUGAAAUUCAUAACUGCUGAAGAAUAUGCCUUGUCGCAGAAACCAACCCCCUCUAAGAACCAGAACCCAGACUGGAGGGAAGAGAAUCCGAGCAGGAAGCGGAUGAGAAUAGCACAGAACCGAGGUCCGAUGUCGACCUCCGUACCAAGAUUCGGAAGGCCGAACUCUGCACCCCCACAACAGUUUGAAGGUAAACCUCCAGUUAAUUGGACUCCUUUUAAUUUGCCUCGGUCACAAAUUUUCAUGCAGAUCAAGAAUAAGAUGGAUUUAAGGCGUCCCAGCCCAAUGAGAACUACUACUGCUAGCCGAGAUCAUACUAGAUAUUGUGAUUUCCAUCAAGAUCAUGGUCAUACAACAGAGCAAUGCAACAGCCUGAGCCACGAUUUGUUAGAGAACAAGGGCCACCACCUCAAGGAAUCCGUAACCUGCCAAAUCGACAAGAACCGAGCUCAGAAGCGAAAAUUUGACGAUGCUGAGUGGAAGAAUCAACCCAUUACCUGCACAUCUGCUGAUCUCGAUACAGUUGUUACACCUCACAAUGACCCCUUAGUCACUUCUGUCACGAUUAACAAUUGUGAGGUGCAGCGCGUCCUUGUUGACACAGGGAGUGCACCAGACAUCAUGUACUUCCAUUGUUUUGAAAGUCUCGGGUUGGAUCUGGCUUUGUUGCAGCGGUAUGAUGGUCCCAUCUACGGAUUCAAUAACCUGCUAGUCCCAGUUGAAGGAGUCCUCACCAUGAAUGUUGCAUUUGGAAGUGGCCGGAGUUAUGUGACCCCUUCAGUUCGGUUUCUGGUAGUCAAGAUGGCGUCCUCUUUCAACGUCGUCAUUGGCCGACCCACACUAACUGAAAUCCGAGCUGUGGUUUCCCAAUCUCACCUAUGCAUGAAAUUCCCAACUCCCAUGGGAAUAGCAACGCUGCGAGGCAACCAGGAGGUGGCUCGACAUUGCUAUAUCACCUCGAUCACACAACCUCAGAAGGGCAAAGAUCAGACACCGGAGGUCAAUCCCAAAAGGAUUCCUGACAAUCGGCAAGUUAUGGGUGUGGAGAUAGUAGAUAAUCGACCAAAAGAUGAAACCAGAGCUGCUCUAGUCGAAGAUGUGGAAGAGGUACAGAUUGAUGACAGAGAUCUGAGCCGAAAAACGCAAAUUGGGACUAAAUUGAACCCGGAGGAAAGAGCUGAGCUAAUAGCUUUUCUUCGGGCCAAUAAAGAUGUUUUUGCAUGGACUUCAACAGAUAUGCUAGGAAUUCCCACUUCAGUUUCUCAACAUAAACUCAGCACCAAUCCACUUAAGAAACCAGUAGCCCAGAAGCGACGCCUCUUUGGAGGGGAAAGGUUAAAAGUUAUUAAAGAAGAAGUCGAGAAACUCCUACAAGCUGGCUUUGUCAAAAGGGUUGAUUAUUGUGAAUGGGUCGCCAAUCCGGUGCUAGUGAAAAAAGGGAACGGUAAAUGGCGGAUGUGCAUUGAUUACACUAACCUCAACGAUGCAUGUCCAAAGGACUGUUAUCUAAGGCCAAACAUUGAUAAGCUGGUUGAGGCAGCUUCGGGAAAUGAGAGAUUGAGUCUCUUGGAUGCAUAUUCAGGAUAUCACCAGGUGCCAAUGGCUCCCGCGGAUGAAGACAAAAUCUCGUUCUAUGCCGGCGAUGAAAUCUAUUGCUAUGUGAUGAUGCCCUUCGGCUUGAAGAACGCAGAUGCCACUUACCAAAAGAUGGUUACCAUCGUAUUCCAAGCUCAAAUAGGUCGGAAUCUGGAAGUUUAUGUUGAUGAUAUAGUGGUGAAUAGUUCGAAAGCUGAGGAUCACUUAGUUGACCUUGAGGAGACAUUCAACAAUCUUAGGAAGAACAGAAUGAGGUUAAACCUAGCAAAGUGCAUCUUCGGUGUGGAGUCAGGAAACUUUCUAGGCUUCAUGGUAUCCAGAAGGGGGAUUGAGGUCAACCCUAAGAAGAUCAAAGCAGUAGCCGAGAUGGAGCCACCGAAGUCCGUAAAAGAUGUACAGAGGUUGACGGGGAGAGUAGCAGCUCUGCAUAGAUUCAUUUCGAAAUCAGCAGAUAAAUGCUUGCCAUUCUUCAAGAUUAUGAGAUUGGCAGCCCAAAAGGAUGAAUCUGGCAAACAAAAGAAGUUUGAAUGGAAUCCAGAAUGCCAAGAUUCAUUUGACGAGCUGAAGUCUUAUCUUAGCUCACCUCCUUUACUGACAAAGGCCGAGGAUGGAGAAAUCCUUUACUUGUACCUCGGCAUAUCAGAUGAAGCUAUCAGUUCUGUGCUAAUAAAGGAAGAGGGGAAGCAACAGAAACCAGUUUACUACAUCAGUAAUGUGUUACAUGGAGCUGAAGUCAGGUAUUCCAUUGCUGAAAAAGCAGCCUUAGCAGUUGUCACUUUGGGCAGGAAACUGAGACCGUACUUUCAAUCACACCCAAUCAUAGUCCACACGGACCAGCCGCUCAGACAAAUUUUGCAGAAACCAGAAUGUUCGGGGAGAUUGAUCAAAUGGGCAGUUGAACUGGGCGAAUUCGAGCUCACAUUUCAGCAGAUGUCAGCAAUCCGAGCUCAGGCUCUUGCCGAUUUCAUAGUAAAAUGUACCUCGGCUCACUAUGAUUCCCAGUCCGAGGUGGACAGUUGGAUUUUGUAUGUUGAUGGCACAUCAAGUAACAAAGGUUCUGGUGCUGGUGCACUCUUACUUGGCCCAAAUGGGUAUCGAAGCGAACACGCUCUAAAAUUUAAUUUUGAUGCCACCAACAAUAUGGCCGAAUAUGAAGCCCUGCUACUCGGCUUACAGCUAGCGACAGAGCUGAAGGUUAAAGUAAUACAAAUAUACAGUGAUUCACAGCUAGUAGUCAAUCAGGUCAACUCAGUCUGUGAAGUGGUUGAUCCUGUUAUGAUAAAGUAUGCAGCUCUGGUGGCCGAACUGAAAUCCAAAUUCCAGAAAUUCCAUUUAAGCAAAAUACCUCGAUCUGAAAAUGAGCAAGAAGACUCCCUCUCCAAGUUUGCUUCGGAUGGCAACCAAAGCUCCAGAUCAGUCUUUGUAGAAAUUCUGGACGAGCCUAGCUUCUUGAAGCCACGAGUGAUGGAGGAGCAGCCAUGUUUCCUAGCCCUCUGAAUCUUAUGUGCUCCUACUCAAACAACAUUGAAAACAUCAAGGAGAAAAGAGAGAGAGAGAGAGAGAGAGAGAUAGACAAGUUGAUAGACAUACAGUGAAGAUUUUUAUUUUCUAUUGUGAUGCAAUGAAGGGUUACUUUAGAGGGAAAGGGCGUUAUUUUGUCUUGUAUUUUUUAAAUUGUGACUUAAAAAAUUCAGAGUUCUAUA